AUGUUAGUCGACAUUCAACCAGAUCCUCCAUUUUAUGCGUUGACGGAAGACGAUCAAGCUGCGCUGGUCGUUGUUGCCUCGCUGAUCUUCCUCAUUUACGCCAUCGUCGGAAUAUCUCUGAAGCUUAUCAUUCGUCUCAACAUCACUUCUUUGAAGAGUCACGAUGUAAUACUAUUAGUCGCGACCGGAUUACUUCUCUCACAGACAGUCUGCAUCAUUAUUGCUUGCAACCACGGACUAGGCCAUCAUCAAGAUGUAGUAGAGCCUUAUGAUCUCGAGGCAUUUCACAAGCUGUUCUACGCUUCCUCCAUACUUGCGAUUGCGAUUGCCGCUAGCACAAAAUUUUCGCUAUGCCUCCUCAUUCACUCCAUCAAUAAUCACGGACGACUGAAUCUUGCAAACAAGGUCCUCUUCGGUACCAUCGUGGCUUGGGGCAUCUCCGGAAUAUUCACUACGGCCUUUCAAUGCUCCCUACCGCAGCCGUGGCUUGCCAUUGCUGAUGAGAAGUGCCCAGUCCGAGAGGGAAUUUUCCUCUACAACGGCGUGAUGGACAUUUUUACGGAUGUUUGUCUAUGUCUGCUACCCGUCGCCAUGAUGUGGAAAGUGCAGACUACGUUGAAGAGAAAGAUGAUGGUAAUUGCUCUAUUCACCACUCGCAUCAUCGUUCCCAUAAUCACGAUUCCGAGAUUAAUUUACACACAGAACUUGGUGACGGACUACAAUAACGCAACAUGGAAUGCGGUCCAUCACUUUAUCUGGUUAUAA